ACCGGGUGCCAUCAACGCUUGGUACCUUCUGGGCGAGGCUGCGAAGCAGUUUAAUGCAGUCGGCCGGCCGCACGACUUCACCGGCUACAUGUGGAUGUGGGCGGCACUGAAAUAUGGCGACAAGGACCUGUGGAAUGAGCAUGCGGGGCAGUUCGUCAAGACCGAGAGGCAGGCCUACUCCAUGGUCACCACCGAAGAGGAAGAGCGAACGUACAAGGAACGCAUCGCGGACUUAGUAGACGCCUGGCUCAAACCGAUGGCUGCAACGGAUAUCGUUGACACUUACAAAAAAAGUACGACGACCGCCCUCCUCUUCGACAUGCUGUGCGCGAUUUCGAGCACCUACUGUCAGCGCAUAAUUGCCGCUCACUUCGGCGAGGCCACCACCUUCCGAAUUGCCAAAGAAUUUAAGCCCGAGCCCAUGUCACCCGAGGCUGUGGCUUGCUAUGUCGGCUCCAACGUUCGAACAAAAAAUGACUUCGCAGCCCAAAUAAAGCUACAUUCUCAACAGUCGAUGGGCACGGAGGCGCCAUUGUCGGUGCGCCUGGCUUUCUGCGGUUGUGUGCCAAGUGGACUUUCCCAGGAGGUCAACGCGAAAAUCAACGAAGUUUACGAUGAGGUGCUCCGAAAUGCCUGGACCAGUUCGGCUGCCGCUGCCAUCCGAGUACCUCGCGGCCUGCGGGAAAGGGCGCUCUGGAUCCUCAAGAACCCGGGGCAAGCAACGGACAGCAUGUACAAAGCCACGCUGCAAAGUGCUCAAGCGUUCCACCUUAUCCGAACGACGGUCGAGUUCACAGCGGUGAAAGAGGCAGCGGCAGCUGCCCCAAACCUGGCCGGCAUAGAGUUCCGGGGCAUCGAAGACAUGCUGGUUCCCGAUGAUGCACCGCUCCACGAUUGGAUAAGAUAUUGACGAGCCGGUACCUCGGGGACCCGGCGUUUGCACAGCUGGCGGUUCAGUGGGCGCUGGCGUGGCGAUUCAAGCCAGUAAAAAAAAAAAAAAAAUGGUGGCCGCCUACUUUGCGUGUGAGACUCGUAUAUUCAAUAUAUAGUCGUGGCCCCUACACUCUAUGAGCUAGCCUUGUUAACCCCUAAUUCAAGAAACAUCCGAUUGAUCACCUCGAUGUGUAUCUGAUGUGAAGUUUAGGAACCGCCACGUGAGAACGACUUUGGCGAAAUUCCUGGAAACCCGGAAAUAGAAAGCGGAAGUACUGACUUGGCCAAGGACGCCAGUGGCAAAUUUAACAGGUCAUUCCUGCCUAGAAGAGCGGAUGUGACGUCACGCUUUCCUGUCGCUUCUCUUCCCUCACCUGAUUGUUCGCUCGCUCGCAGCAGCUGCGCAUGCGCGUUCGUUACUUGACCUCGCGUCUGCACCGGAGAGGGCACCUAGUGUGCGCUUCGUGCGCUACUCGCUAGGGGGCUACGCCCAUGUCAGGUGGCGCGCGGGGCGCUUCCUCCACUCUUACUUCCUUCUCGUCCGCGUAUUGUGCUACUAAAAGACUCCUAAGUGAAGAUUAGGCGCCUAACAUUGGGUGGCAUACGAAUUUUUGACCAACCGCCCGCCGAAUUUGAUGGGAUAUAUUGAAUUAUUUAUUUAGGCUGCUAACGUUUUAAAGAAUUUGAGAUAUAUUCUGAAAUUUCAAAGAACAAUACUUGAAGCAUGCAACUCUACCUCAGCAACAAAAAGCGGAGAAGCAUUAUAUCAUACCCCACCCUUAAGUAUACCACAAACUUUAAAAAUGGCAUUUGCAUAACCUUUUUAAACAUUGGGACGAAUUCACAAUGGUUGUAAAUUUAUACUA